UACCCACCAUCCUAAGUUCUUCGAGUAUGACUGCACCAUUGACCCUCGAUGUCAUCGUCGUUGGCGCUGGCCUCUCGGGCAUCGCCACUGCUUACAGACUGCAGAGGGCUGGCCACAGAGUAACCGUUUUUGAUGAUCGAGACGAGACCUCACGAGGGUGCACCGCAGUACACUUGCCAUGCAACCUUGCAAGAAUUCUGCACGAGUGGGGGUUCAAGGAGCAAAUCGACGCUCUCGCCUUCAACGUCAAAAACAUCAACUUUCACUCCCUGGAUUCAGGAGAGCUGCUUGGCUGCGCGGAGUGGCCUGACGACCUCAUUGACGAGAUCGGUGCCCCAUACCAUAUCAUCCAAUGGAGGGAUCUGUAUACCAUGCUUUACGUUGCCGCCACUGACGCCGGUGUUCAAUUUCACUAUAACACAAAUGUCGUUGGUGUGCUUAACGAACCACCUCGAGUCGAAUUGGCCGGCGGGAAAACAAUCACUGCGGACUUCAUCAUAGGCACGGAUGGGCCCAACGGCAUCGUACGCGCGUUGCUCUUCGGUGAAGCCAUGCUCGAGCCUGAAGGGCACACCAUAUAUACGGGAACGGUCUCUAGGGAUGAGCUGGCUAAUCAUCCAGAACUUUUGGACCUAACUGAUCCUUCAAAUGGCAAUUUCCAAAUUUGGGCCGGAACUUCGCGACAUUGCAUCGGCAUGCCCAUGCUGAAUGGAGCCGAAUACGUCGUACAAGUGUGGCAACUGAACGACGACAUUCCCGAUGAAGGAGCAGAGGGCUGGGACGCAGCAUACACCGGUCCACGUCCAAAAGUCGGUGAUCUCAGGCUUCAACGUCUGGUUGAUCUGUGCACAGACAUGCGGCGCGUAAAAGUUUUUAAACCAGACUGUCCCGAAGAAUGGGCAGAUGACACCGACAGAAUAUUACUAGUUGGAGACGCUGUCCACUACUUUCCCCCUGGUCUAGUGCAAUCGGCUGCAGUCCACCUGGAAGACAUCGAGAUUCUCGGCGUCCUACUUUCUCGGUUGACCAGCUGGGAGCAGCUAUCGCAUCUGAUUCGAGGAUACCAGGAGAUACGCGAGCCUCGUUUCCAACAAAACGAAGAUUCAUGGCAUCGAACGAACUAUUCUUUGUGGCUUCCUCCAGGCCCUUCACAGCAGGGCAGGGACACUCAAUUUCGCCGCCAGCUGGAACAGAAAGGCGAACCACUAGAUGACGAGAUGAUGCUAGCGCAGUUUGAAGAGGUCUGGAAGGAGGUUGGCUACAACGCGCGGGAGGCUGCUGAAGAGUGGUGGGUAAACUGGGGCAUGCUCAGAGAGAGGAGCAAAGGACGGAGCGUCAGCAUUUGUCUAGCGGGGCCGCCUGAGAUCUCUGGUGUCUCGACACAUGUCAACUCUAUCAAUGCGGAGUGAAGGUCAGAUUCGGCUACCCUCCCUGUGUGGCCGGCUGAGAUCUUCAUGCAUGUCACCUCUUUGAACAUGGAGUGAAGGGUCGACCACCUUGUCUAUUUUAGUGGGGACGUUGCUAUACCCCUCGUUGGGAGAUUUGGAUGCUCGCUUUCUGAUAUUAGAAUACCAUCUGAUUUACGUCUGGAUUUAUCAUUUGGGUCAGCUACCACAAGCGUAAGGUUGCCACAAAGCCCGGUUUGUUCUCUAUAUACCGAGGUAGACAA